GCCAAACUGAGGAGGGCGACAAUAAGCCAUCGUUCAGUCUGACGUGCCAAAAAAAUCAGACCACAGAAGAAGACGCAGUAUUUACGACUUUGUUUUGUUUCUAGCGGAGACCCCGAGUCCCCGGUGCUUCUUCUAAAAAACCCCGAGGCUGUCGGAGGCGACGCGGGGACACACAUGGGGAAGUCGCGGGAUUUAAGUGAGUUUGAGCGGGGCAUGAUCGUCGGGGCCCGCAGCGCCGGCUGCAGCAUCUCGGAGACCGUGAAGCGGCUCGGCUUCUCCAAGACCGCCGUGUCCCGGGUUUACCGGGAAUGGUGCGAGAAGCGGAAGACCUCCAGCCACCGGGGGUCCUGCGGGAGGAAACGCCUCGUCGACGAGAGCGGCGAGAAGAGGAUGGAGAGGGUGGUGGAGGCGAACAUCCAGGCGACGAGCGAGCAGAUCCAGACUCUGUACAACAGCAGCGCCCCGGAGAAGCCCAUCUCGCUCGCCACCACCCGCCGGACCCUCAAGCGGCUCGGGUACAGCCGCAAGACGCAGCGGCGGGACUCGCUCAUCGUGGCCGGUCUGGAGGCUCUGGCCGUGUACGCGUCCUGUCCACAGCUGGAGACCGAUAAGAACUUGGUGUGCAGGGUCCAGGGUGACCCGGACUCAAAGACCCAGUCCUCCACAGGUGUUGUGUUCAGGGACCAGGUGGACCCUGCCCCAAAGACCCUGUCCUCCACUGGGGUUGUGUUCAGGGACCAGGGUGACCCGGACCCAAAGACUCAUUCCUCCACAGGGUUUGUAUUCAGGGACCAGGGUGACCCGGCCCCAAAGACCCAGUCCUCCACAUGUGUUGUGUCAAGGGACCAGGGUGACCCGGACCCAAAGACCCAGUCCUCCACUGGGGUUGUGUUCAGGGACCAGGGUGACCCUGCCCCAAAGACCCAGUCCUCCACAGGUGUUGUGUUCAGGGACCAGGAUCACCCACAUUCAAAGACCAAGUCCUCCACAGGUGUUGUGUUCAGGGACCAGAAUGAGCAACACUCAAAGACCCAGUCCUCCACAGAUGUUGUGUGCAAUGAUGAGAAUGACCCAGAAUGAAACGAUUGAGUCCCCUAACAAACUCUGACUGUAGCAUGGAGACUCAACCUGGACUGUUGAUGUAGUAAAAGAAGUGUAUACCUUUUUCAGAGAUUACAUAAUAAAUCAGCUUUCUGCGUGCAUUUCUAUGUGAACAGAGUAAUCUGUGCAUACUGAGCUAUGCAACACCAGAACAUGUAACAUUCACUCACUGAGCCCUGAGGUCAUGGAUCCACAAAAUUAUGCUCCAUGUUGACAUGACUGCAAUGCACCACAUAAUUUCUGCAGAUGUUCCAGCUGCACAUUCAUUCUGCCAAUUUCCUGUUCUACCAAAUCCCAGAGGUGUUAUACUAUAGAUUCACAUUUGGGUCAGGGGAGGUCACUGAAGUUCUCAGAAGUCACUGACAAUGUUUACAUGGACAUCAGUAUUCUGAUAUUGACCUUAUAACAUCGGAAUAAUGUAAACAGCAUUUUCUGAUGACCUUAACCCGAAUAAGGUCAUUCUCGGAAUUCAACAUCAUUGAAUUAAGACUUGGCGUAUUCAGACCGUAGCCGCAUUAUUCAGACGUGUACAUCGUGAUCACAUUAUAAUGUCUUAUUAGAUCUUUAACAGCAUUUUCAUAAGCCCAGUUUGAAAAAACUUUUGCUUUAUGCCAUGAUGUGUUAUUGUGCUGGAGGUAGAGGAUGGUUAAUUGGGGCCAUUUGAUCUGAGUAAAACUUUCCUCACACCAUUACACCAUCAGCAGCAGCCUGGAACAAUAAGACAAGGCAGGUCAGGUCCAUGGAUGAAUGCUUUUCAUGCCAAAUUAUCCAUACAUGUAGAAUUUUAACUUACUGGAUGUUUAUUUAUUUUUUCUGCAGUAUUCUGACUAAACUGCAGCAGAGACAUUUAUAUUUGAACAUUUCAGAAACUUUCAUUCCAAUCCUCGCGGUACCAACAAUUGAGCCACCAACAUCACAUUUUUUCUCUCCAUUCUGGUGUUUGAUGUGACCAUGAACUGAAGCUCCUGACUUGUAUUUGUAAGAAUGUAUGCAUUGCAUGACACCUUUCAAAGGGCUAUAACAACAUGAUUGACUGAGUGAUUGUAUUAAAAAGCAGGUGUGCAGGGGUUCCCAAUAAAUUGCUGAGUGAGUGCAUACAAGGUUAGGUUUCACAGUAGCAGAAACAUUAAAGUAAAAACUUGUGGACAUUUUAACAAAAUAACAACCAAUGUGCAUCCCGUAUGUAUAUGACAAAAUUAAGGUUUCCAUCUUCUUCUGUUGCCUUAACAUCUGCCUGUCUAUUUGUUAGGCCAUACUCAAAUAGGUCUGGGCAGACUCUAAAGAUUGUCUUGUAGUAACAAAAAUGUCUUUCUUUCUUUAUUUAAAUUUUAUGAAAUGUAUUAUACAAGGAAAAUAUUUGCCUAUUUCACUUCCUCACAAUAAAAAAAAAAAAAAUCUGUAA